AUGUCAGAAGAGUAUUUCGCCUCGAAAGAAAACGUCACGGCCAGUGCAAUGUCGCCCAAGCAGGACAAUCUCGUCGACUUUGAUGGCCCUGGCGACCCUCUGCAUCCGUAUAACUGGCCCAUGAAAAAACGAGUCAAGAUCGCUCUCGUCUUCGUCCUCACCACCAUGGUCGUCUCGUUCGCCAGCAGCAUCUACGCCCCCACCGUCCCCUACCACAUGACAGAAUACGGGAUCAGUCGCGAAGUGUCGACCCUAGGCGUGUCGCUGUACGUGUUCGGCUUCGCCUUUGGCCCGCUGAUCUUUGGUCCCUUCUCCGAGCUCAAGGGCCGGUACAUGCCUCUGGUGGUGUGCGGCAUCGGCUUCACCGUCUUCUCGUUCGCCACCGCCGUCUCCAAAGACCUCGCCUCGCUCUUCAUCCUGCGCUUCUUCACCGGCUUCUUCGGCUCCGGCCCGCUGACGGUCUGCGUGGCCGGGCUGUCGGACCUCUUCUCGCCCAGCGAGCGCGGCAUCCCCAUCACGCUCUUCUGUCUGACCGUCUUCACCGGCCCGCUGGUCGCCCCCUUCGUCGGCGGCUUCAUCAUGCUGAACCCGCACCUGGGCUGGCGCUGGACGUCCUACGUCCCCGGCAUCCUCGGCGGCGGCAACCUGGUGCUCACGACCUUCUUCCUCUCCGAAACCUACCACCCGCUGCUGCUCGCCCGCAAGGCCGACGACCUGCGCCGCGCCACGGGCGACUGGAGCAUUCGCGCCGCGCAUGAGCAGGCCCGCUUCGACGCGCGCGCCGUCCUCACCGAGUACCUCGCGCUGCCGCUGAAGAUGCUCGUCUGGGACCCGAUCACGCUGUGCAUGUGCGUCUUCGGCGCCUUCGUCUACGGCCUGCUCUACCUCUUCCUGACCGCCUACCCGCGCAUCUUCCAGGAGACCUACCGCAUGAACGCGGGCGUCGGCAACCUGCCCUACCUCGGGGUCAUCAUCGGCCAGCUGCUCGGCGCCGUCGCCAUGGCCGCCAUGCAGCCCUGGAUCGUGCGCCGCAUCGCCCGCAACGACGGCGUCAUGCUGCCCGAGUGGCGGCUGCCCGUCGCUGUGCCCGGGGCGGUGGCCUUCUCCGCCGGGCUGUUCUGGCUGGGCUGGACGGGGUACACGACGCGGUUUCACUGGAUCGUGCCGACCGCGUCCGGGCUGCUGACGGGGUUCGGGCUGUUGACGAUGUUUUUGCCAUCGCUCGCGUAUCUGGUCGAAGCGAGGCCGUUACGGUCGGCGUCGGCUGUGGCCGCCCAUACGUUUUUGCGCUCGGCGGCCGCGGGCGGGUUCCCUCUUUUUGCGUGGAAAAUGUUUGAUGGUCUCGGAGUCGAGUGGGCCUGUACGCUGCUGGGCUGUGUUGCGGCCGUGAUGGUGCCCAUUCCGCUGGUGCUGUAUGUGUACGGGGCGCGGAUUCGGGGGAAGAGUCAGUUGGAUGUGUAG